CUCCGAGCGUUGAGAAGGCGUUGGUGGCCGCGGCCGAGUCAGAUCAUUAUAAACAAAAAUUCAACGUGAAAAAAUGUUGAAGAGUUGUGGAUUCUUUGAAUUGGCUGGAUGAAAGACAAGCAGUUGAUUUUUGUAACGUUGGGGGGCAACCCAGAUCGCCAGAUUACAUGUGUAAAUCACUGCGUUACUGCUUUAGUCAUUGUCUCUAUUUAGCAAUGACAAGACUGGAAGAAGUAAAUAAAGAAGUCAACAUGCAUUCUUCAGUGCGCUACCUUGGCUAUUUAGCCAGGAUCAAUUUACUGGUUGCUAUAUGCCUAGGUCUUUAUGUAAGAUGGGAAAAAACAGCAAAUUCCUUAAUUUUGGUCAUUUUCAUCCUUGGCCUUUUUGUUCUUGGAAUUGCCAGCAUCCUCUAUUACUAUUUUUCAAUGGAAGCAGCAAGUUUAAGUCUCUCCAAUCUUUGGUUUGGAUUCUUGCUUGGCCUCCUGUGUUUCCUUGAUAAUACAUCUUUUAAAGAUGAUGUAAAAGAAGAGUCAACCAAAUACUUGCUUUUGACUUCCAUAGUGUUAAGGAUAUUAUGUGCUUUGGUGGAGAGAAUUUCUGGCUAUAUCCGUCAUCGACCCACUUUACUGACGACGGUUGAAUUUCUGGAACUUACUGGAUUUGCCAUUGCUAGCACAACUAUGUUGGUGGAAAAGUCCCUGAGUGUCAUCUUACUUGUUGUCGCUUUGGCCAUGCUGAUUAUUGACCUGAGAAUGAAGUCUUUCCUAGCUCUUCCAAACUUAGUUAUUUUUGGAACCUUGUUGUUUUUCUCCUCUUUGGAAACUCCAAAAAAUCCAAUUGCUUUUGCAUGUUUUUUCAUUUGCCUAAUAACAGAUCCCUUCCUUGACAUCUAUUUCAGUGGACUUUCAGUAACUGAAAGGUGGAAACCCUUUUUAUACCGUGGAAGAAUCUGCAGAAGAUUUUCAGUGGUUUUCAUUGGAAUGAUUGAGCUUAUAUUUUUUAUUCUUUCUGCAUUUAAAUUGAGAGACACUCAUCUAUGGUAUUUUGUAAUACCAGGCUUUUCCAUUUUUGGGAUUUUCUGGAUGAUUUGCCAUAUUAUUUUUCUUUUAACUCUUUGGGGAUUCCAUACCAAAUUAAAUGACUGCCAUAAAGUAUAUUUUACCCACAGAGCAGAUAACAACAGCCUUGAUCGAAUCAUGGCAUCUAAAGGGAUGCGUCAUUUUUGCUUAAUUUCUGAGCAGUUAGUUUUCUUCAGCCUUCUUGCAACAGCGAUUCUGGGAGCAGUGUCCUGGCAGCCAACCAACGGGAUCUUCUUGAGCAUGUUUCUCAUUGUCCUGCCGUUGGAAUCCAUGGCUCAUGGACUCUUCCAUGAAUUGGGUAACUGUUUAGGGGGAACAUCUGUUGGAUAUGCUAUUGUGAUUCCCACCAACUUCUGCAGUCCUGAUGGUCAGCCAACACUUCUUCCUCCAGAACAUGUUCAGGAGUUAAAUCUCAGGUCUACUGGCAUGCUCAAUGCUAUCCAAAGAUUUUUUGCAUAUCAUAUGAUUGAGACCUAUGGAUGUGAUUAUUCCACAAGUGGACUCUCCUAUGAUAAUCUGCAUUCCAAGCUGAAAGCUUUCCUUGAACUCCGGACCGUGGACGGACCUAGACAUGAUACAUACAUUUUGUACUACAGUGGGCACACCCAUGGCACAGGAGAGUGGGCUUUGUCAGGUGGAGAUAUACUACGCCUUGAUACACUUUUAGAAUGGUGGAGAGAAAAGAAUGGUUCCUUUUGUUCCCGGCUAAUUAUUGUAUUAGAUAGUGAAAAUUCAAUCCCAUGGGUCAAAGAAGUAAGGAAAAUUAAUGACCAGUAUAUUGCAGUGCAAGGAGCAGAGUUGACAAAGACAGUAGAUAUUGAAGAAGCUGACCCUCCACAACUCGGUGACUUCACAAAAGACUGGGUGGAAUAUAACUGCAACUCUAAUAACAUCAUCUGCUGGACUGAAAAAGGGCGCACAGUGAAAGCAGUCUAUGGCGUUUCAAAGCGGUGGAGUGACUACACUCUGCAUUUGCCAACAGGAAGCGACGUGGCCAAGCACUGGAUGUUACAUUUUCCUCGUAUUACUUAUCCACUAGUACAUUUGGCAAAUUGGUUGUGUGGCCUGAACCUCUUUUGGAUCUGCAAAUCUUGUUUUAGGUGCUUGAAAAGGUUAAAAAUGAGUUGGUUUCUUCCUACUGUGCUGGACACAGGACAAGGGUUUAAGCUUGUCAAAUCUUAA